AUGGAUGCUGGUGGUGAUAUAAAGAGCAUCAGGAAGUAUGCAUUAGAGCAGCCCUACAAGGAAGAUCCACCAGUAGAUCAUCCCGUGGCACGGGUGUUUCAGACGGAGUACAACCAGGUCUGCGACGUGGCGCGGUGUCCCGUCCCCUACGUGUCAAUCUGCACUGGCAUCUGGAUGGGCUUUGGCGUGGGCAACUCUGCGCAUGGGGACGUACGCGUGGUCACAGAGGACACGCUCUUUGCCAUGCCCGAGAACUCCAUCGGCCUCUUCCCUGAUGUCGGCUUUGCGCACAUUGCCGCCCAGCUGCCAGGUGCGCUGGGGCUGUAUCUAGGCCUGACAGGGCGGCGGCUGUCAUCCCUCAGUGAUCUACUAUAUUCGCGGCUGGGCACACACGCUGCGCGCGCUGAGGAGCUGCCCUCGCUCAGGAACGCCCUCGUAGAAGCUCCCCUCAGCCGUCACGCUGACAAGCGCGAGACGCUGCGCCAGCUGGACGCCGUGCUGCAGCAGUUUCAGGCGCGCUGCGAUCCUCAUGCGCCUGAUCUGGCGGCGCCUGAGUUGGCAACGCUGCAGCCGCUGAUAGACAGCUGCUUCGGGCCGGCACUGGCGCACAGGGCCAGGGGGAGGUCCGCCCCCCAGGCCCUGGAUGACAUCGCCCUUGACCUGUUGACCAUUGCCCAGACCAAUGAGCGGCCGGCAGCCAGGCAAUUUGCGGUUGAAACCCUGGAGACGCUGCAAAAGCUGUGCCCCAUGAGCAUGGCCGUCACCCUGCGGCACUUUGCCGCCAUCUACCAGGCAGUGCAUGCAGGCGGCGGUCCCCUGGCGGAGGUAGAGGGGGUCAUGAGGCAGGAGUAUGCGCUGGCAGUGCGCAUGUGCGGGCGGGGGGAUUUCACCGAAGGGGUGCGCGCAGCGGUGGUGGACAAGGACAGGAAUCCCAAGUGGAAUCCUGCAAACCUGAGUGACAUCCGUGAAGAGGAAUUGGAUGCCAUCUUUGCCCCGAUGCCUCCUGGGAAAGAGCUGCAGCUGGACUUCCUGGACCGACGAGAUUAG